AUGCGUGACGUCGUCAAAAUUGUGAAUGAUAUACGCUCCAAGGUGCUCUCUCACCUGCAGUUCAAGGUACUGUCGGAUGAGAUGGAUGCACAAUAUGGUGAUGUGUUGUACCACCAGGAGGUUAGAUGGCUGAGCAGAGGAAAAGUUCUCAGGAGAUUUUUUGAUCUGCGUGAUGAGAUCAGAGCUUUUCAGGAAAGCAAGAUUGGUAGUAUUCAAGAGCCCAUGGAUAAGAAAUGGCUUUCUGACCUGGCUUUCCUGGUGGACGUCACAGAGCUGCUCAAUGUUUUAAAUGUUCAGCUCCAGGGAAAAGACCAGAUUAUCACCCAGCUUUUUUAUCACGUCAGAGCCUACAAACAAAAAGUACUGCUGCUCAGAAGACAUCUCUCAGCAGGAAAUUUAGCCAAUUUUCCCUGUUUUAGAGAGGCAGGCAUGAUGAAAGAGAAGGUACCUGAGUAUGAUGCUGUUCUCAGCAACCUUAUCCAGGAGUUUGACAGUCGCUUUGAGGACUUCAGACACACUGCAUCUGACUUUGAGUGGUUUGUUCAACCUUUCACCAUCAGUGUGGACACAGUCAGUGAUGAUCUUCAGAUGGAACCAAUUGAGCUUCAGUGUGAUUCAGAACUCAAACACAAGUUCAGGUCCCUUCCCUUGACAGACUUCUACAAAUGUGUCCCAGCAAACAGGUUCCCAAAGAUGUGCAAACAGGCACAAGUGAUGCUGUCUCUGUUUGGCAGUACCUACCACUGUGAACAGACUUUCAGUCUGAUGAACUUAAACAAGUGUAAACUGAGAUGUAAAGUAACUGACUCUCACCUCCAUAAUAUCUUGACUUUGACAGUAAGUCCACUGCAUCCCAAUUUGGAAAAACUUUUGAAAAAUAAGGUCCAGCUUCAUGUGUCUCAUUAG